CAAGAAUCAGUCCUGUUCUGGGAAAUAACCCUUUCAGAACUGUCUGAGACUGUACACUGCAACAGACCCUCUGCACAGAUGUGACCCCACACCUUCAUUUCUCCACUGGUCAUACACGUCUUUGAGGUGCAACCAGAGAAGACAACUCCUCAGUUUCUUGCCUACACAUAAAAAACAUCCAAAAUGGCUUGGGGACAAAUAAUUCCACUUUUCCUAAUGACCAUGCUCCAUGUUGUAUGUUGUAAUGGAUUAUUAAACUCCACAUGCAGUAAGGAGACUUGUCAAUGUGGGGAGACCGUGACUGUCACAUGUACCCUGACCCACCCACUACAGGAAAUUAUCCUGAGACAUAAUGGUACCCCACUGCUUCUUCAUAAAUUACCUACGAAGGAGGGAAGGAUAGAGCAUGAAAAACAUCUGCUUGAGUGGACAGAAGACAAAGUGAAGGUGACCAUCUCCAAAGUCAUGUUUUCUGAUAGACUGAACUAUACUCUAUUUCUGGAAGCCAAAGAAUCAAAAGGAUAUACGUUAGAACAGAUCACCAUCGAUGUUUUUGGUAUAUGUGAACCAGAGAUGAUGAAAAACAAUAAAACCAAUGAACUAGAAUGUGUGGCAGAGAGUGAAAAAGCCGCAUCGAUAGUCUGGAUGGAUAGUCAAAGAAAACUCUACCAGGAGACCAGAACAAGGCAACCUGAAGACCUACCUAAUCGCUUUAAGUUGUGGUCCUAUCUAAAAUUGACGGAGGAGAUCGGGGAUAAUAUAUGCUGCUCUGUCUCAUACCGGAUAAAUUAUGUUUAUAUGGAAAAACAAAUCUGUAAUCCAAAUACAUCAGCAAUAGGUAACGAUGACCUACCGAUGAGCAAGAACCUUACUCUCUCCACAGUUCUGAUUCUUCUGGCUGUUGCUUUAGUUGCUGCUGCUUUCGGGUAUCUGUUAAGAAGGAGGGACAGGACCAUUAAUAGAGCUCGCAGCCUGUCCGAAGGACCCCUCAUGGAACAAGAACCUAACGCAACCGAAGCCACAACAGAGACUGUUUAAUGGAGAAAACCUAUGGGGACUCAAAGGACAAAUGCCCAUUUCACACUGAACUACACAUAUAUGAGAUUAAAGUGAUGUAACCUCAUUGUGAAGGCAACUUUUGCACUCUUGUUAUUGUCUCCAUGAUUAAAGGUGUCUGCCAAGAAAACAGAGGGUUUCCACUGUAUCUCCCAACAUACCCAAAUAUGAAUGGGAGUAAUGAGAAACUUCUUUUUGCGGGCUUGUCCAGGAUAUAAAAAAACAUUAACUAGUUUUCCAGAAGUAAUGUCAGGUCCGUCUACGGGCUGCAUCUGGUAUUGCUUCUCUUUUUCAUUCAAGGUUGGCACUGUUUCUGGACUGUAAUUCCACCUAGAAAUAUUUUCACUUUCCAAAUAUUUUAAGAGAUAUAUCAAACACUCGCUUUGACACUACAUCUAGAGUCAGCUGGUGCUGACAUCACGUACGCUUUGCCUUGAAAAUUUGAGAAUCUUUUAAGAUCUCAACUUUGUAUUCUAUACAGUAUCUGUAUGUCAUGAAAUUGUUUUAUAAUAUGAAGCCAGCUAUUAUGUAAGACAAUAUAUUUAGAAAUUUUAUGUAAAAUAAUGUAAAUUUGAAGUUAUGUGUAUAGGAUUGGUAAGACAAUGUAAUUGUUCCAGUGUAACUGAUACUAAAUAUUUGCACAUAAACAUGAUAUGGGCAUAGGAAUCCUAUAUGUGAAUAUAAAAAGAGAAAAAUAUAUAUAUAAAAAAAAAAAAGUAGAAUAAACUAAAAAUUAAAUUGAAAAAAUGUUCUUCAGAAAUGAAUGGGUCAGUUAGGCUGGG